AUGGAAAAAGGAUAUAUCAAAGCACUGAAUGUUAGUAACCCAACCGAGAGGUUUGUAUGCGGAGACAUCGGAUUCUCAGGUCUUAAAAUGGUUCCCUUUCCUCAAACUGAUUUGUUCCGCUCCGUGACUCUAGUGCUGUGUGUUCUAAACGGUGUUACAUGUCCGUUAACAAUCGUUGGCAACGUCUUAGUCUUUAUGGCUGUGCUCAGAAAGCCUCAGCUUCGAAAUGUAGCAAAUACCUCCAUUUUGUGCCUUGCGUUGACAGAUUUGACGGUUGGCGCGUUUGUUCAACCUUCAUAUAUUAUUUAUCAAACAAGCAAACUGACCACUGCUUUCGCUGACUUUCCGUGCGACAAGCUACUUAUUUACUCGUUCUCUGGAGUGAUAUGUAUCUGCAUGUCAUUUCUGACAUUGAUUUUGAUCUCGCUUGAGAGAUACAUGGCAGUAUUUUAUCCGUAUCGUUAUGUUGAGAAGGUCAACUCCAAAUGUCUGAUUACAGUCACUGUCACAGUCUGGGUGAUCUCGAUUGGAACACUGCUAACUGUGAGAUUCUUGUUCGGGAUAAACAGCAAUGAGGAAAUAGGAGUGAUAUCUCUCGUAAUAAUCGCAAAUUUCAUCAUCACGUCGUUUGUGUACUUUAGGAUAUUUAGGCUGGUCAAGCGCUGUAACGCCCAGGUUAACGUAGAGUUGUCGCACAACACUUCCGCAUCCUCUUCCCAAGAGCCUUCUUCACCAGGGAACUCAAGUCCUCGAGAAGCCAAAGCAUCCAAGACAGUGGCGUUUGUGGCUGGAACUUUGUUCCUGUGCUUCACACCGACCCUCUGUGCCACCAUUGUCGACCAGGCUGGCUUGGCACCAAGAAACCUUUUAUAUCACGUGAUUUAUCCUAUUGAAUUUACGUUUGGAGAAAUAAGGGGAUUCGAAGCAGUCUGCGUGAAUUUUUAAGCUCUUGUAAAAUCACAGCCAGCAAUUAAAGGAAAUUGAAGAAACAAAACGGGAUGAGAAGGAUCAAAUUAAUUGCUACGCUUUUCUCGAAGGACAAAACUUCUUGCAGAAUAUACGUCUGCCGACUAUGGGAUUGCAGUCACUAAAAAAAUGUCAUGGAAAUAACGCGCAGCACAUAGUGUGCCUAUAUAGCAAAUCCCGGAAAUGCUACUAUAAUCCACUCGAAAAUUCCAUUUUUUCCCCUAGAAAUAAAAAAAUAUCUCCUCUCUGAAAUUUGUCUUCUCUGGGUCAUGUAGCCACAACGGCAAACACAGGUUGUAACUACUCUGUCUGGUCGCUGAGCAAUCCGCUGUCCAGUUGUGCCUCGGCUUCCAAUAUAGCUCUUACAAAGAGCUGGUACAGAUAAUCCACAAUUUCUAGGGGGAAAACCAGGUAAUCAAACAAGGCCAAGCCAACAGUAAACAACAUUGAAGAAGGAAAAGAUUGCCGAAAGCAAGCACGAGGGGAGCUUGUAUACAGCAAGGAAGAAUCAGAAAAAAUCUGUGAACGAAGAAAUGUACUGAAUGGAAGAACGCAUGAGAUUUUAAGUUCUCUUCAAGCCAUUGUUUCCCAAAUGUAAGUUGCUACAACGAAAAUGUUGAGGAGAAGAGGAGAGAACUCAUAACUACAAAGUGAUAGCCACUUUUGCAAUUACAGCUAGCAAGACUAGAGCAUAAAAAAAAAUUUGAUUAAAAUCAAACGAGCAUUGUAUGACACUGUAAAACAUUUCACUAACCUUCAAAGUUUAACAGUUGGU